UGGGGAGUGGUUGUUAUGAUCUUUGACCCUCUCCCCCUCUUGUUCCCUAGUGCGUCAGCAUCAGAGGAGAGGAGAGAGGAGCGUGGGGAGUGUAGUGGGUUCAGGGUGGUGCCCUGUCCCUCUCUGAAGGAGGCGGUGAGUGCGUCUAUCCCGUUACUGCGUCAGCGAUGCGCAAAUACACGACAGGAUGCAAAAGCUCCGCUCCAGGGACCAAGGGACCGGCCCUCCCACUCCCGGGUAUAUAAGGGUCACUCCUGCACCUUCAGGAGAAGUUUCCCGCUGUCUGUUCCAGCUGUACUCCCUCUACUGUACACUCCUCCUCCUCUCCUCUACUGUUACCAGACUGUUGAGCCCAGCCUGUGUGGACUAACUGAAGCAAUGAAUGCAGGCAUCUGUGUAUGUGUACUGCUGGCUGCGUUCUCUGGCAGCAGUUUGGGGCGCCCGUCGCACUCGCAGGAUGAGGACAAGCCUGAGCCCCCCCAGCUCGACAGCGUUAUGUCUCCCCAACACACACGCCACACCCGCUCAGCGCCCUCCAGUGGCCAGCUCACCCCCUUCUCCAAACCGUCAGAGGACGAGGCAGAGGACCCCCGCACCAGUCUGCACGAACUACUGGCAAGAUUGAUAUCCAGGAAAGGAUCCUUCCAGAGGAGCUCGUCCCUGAGCAGCAGAGCCAGCGGUCCGGGUCCCAGCCACAAGAUAAAGGACAGAGACUACCUGGGCUGGAUGGACUUCGGACGCCGAAGUGCAGAGGAGUACGAGGAGUACUCCUCAUAGAAACAGACGCUCCACCACUAAAUCCAUCUCAAUGAUCAGAAUCGGAAAACAAAAAAAUCAUUGUCCCCAAAAGCUAUAUUUAUUAUGAUGUAUUUGAUGUAAAUGUGUUUGUAAAACUGAUAUGAAGCAAUAUAUAUACAGUACGUAUACAGAUUUUUGAAGAAAACUAAAAA